CCUCGGAGUAUUUCAAGGAGAGACCCAGUCUCCGAGCUCCGUCAGAAAUGGGGAACGUGCAGUCGGAGCCAUCCGCGGGCGGGGGCUCCCGAAAAGAGCAAGCCUCGGACCGCGACCCCGACUCCCGCCGGACGUCCCUGGUGGAGCCCGAGAUGACCUCCCAGGCCAUGCGCCUGACUCGUGGGCUGGGUGUCUGGUUCCCUGGCAGCACCACACCUCCGGGACUCAUGGUACCCCGGGAGCCCCAGGCCUCACCCUCGACCCUGCCCCUCACCUUAGAACGGCCCUCUCCAGUGAUGCCCCCUCCUGAAGAGGCGGCCGCGGUCUCUGCACCACCCCCGGCCCCCGCGGGGACUCUGCUGCCCGGCCCGUCUAAAUGGCAAAAGCCCGCGGGCACUCCAGUUCCCCGGAUCCGCGGCCUGCUGGGGACAAGCCAUCGCGGCCAGGGCGACCCUCCGAGCCUCCGCCCGCUGCCGCUGCCGCCGCCGCCGCCGCCCCCGCCCCCGCCGCCCCCGCCCCCGCCCCGGCAACUAUCCGUGAAGGAAACUGCCCCGAGGGCCCCAUCCCAAUUUCCGCCGCCCCUGGAGCCUUGGAAGCCGCCACCACCGUUACCUUCUGAACGGCAGCCGGCGGACCGCAGAAUCACUCCUGCUCUGGCCACACCCGCCUCAACCCCCACAGAAAGUCAGGCUGGGCCCCGCAACCAGGGCCAGACGGCCGGCAGGGCUCGCGGAGGGUCGCCUCCCCAGGCGGGCGAAGGCGAAAUGGCCCAGCCUGCGGAUUCCGAGUCUGGUCUGAGCCUGCUGUGUAAAAUCACCUUCAAGUCGGGGCCCUCUUUGGCCCCUCCGGCAGCCUCGAGUUCCUUAGCAGCCAAAGCUUCGCUGGGGGGCGGCGGCCUCUUUGCUGCCUCAGGUGCCAUCUCUUACGCCGAGGUCCUGAAGCAAGGGCCCCUGCCUCCUGGAGCUGCUCGCCCCUUGGGAGAGGUUUCUCCAGGGGCACAGGAAGCCGAGGGACGUGAUGGAGACGGCGAAGGGUACUCUGGUCCUCCCUCGGCGCCUGUGUCCCAAGCCCGGGCCCUACCACCGCCACCCUACACCACCGUCCCAGGCUCGAAGCCCAAAUUCGACUGGGUUAGCGCUCCCGACGGCACUGAACGCCACUUCCGCUUCAACGGGGCUGGCGGAGGCAUCGGGGCGCCGCGACGGCGUGCGACCGCACUCUCUGGGCCUUGGGGCUCCCCUCCGCCACCACCAGGGCAGAUGCACUCAGCUCCUGGGCCCCGGAGGCCCGCACCUGCCCUGCUGGCGCCGCCUAUGUUCAUCUUCCCGGCACCCACCAAUGGCGAGCCCAUGCGCCCGGGGCCUCCAGGCCUGCAGGAGUUACCACCUCUGCCACCGCCCACGCUGCCGCCCACGCCGCCGCCGCCCGCGCCACCGCCCACACCGCUGCCCACGCUGCAGCCACCAGCCCUCCAGCCAACGCCGCUGCCGGUGGCUCCCCCGCUCACCCCGGGCCUGGGCCAAGAGGAGUCAGCCCUGGCUCCCACCCCAGCCCCUGCUCUGCCCCCAGCCUUAGCCGCCGACCAGGCCCCGGCCCCGGCCCCAUCCCCGGCUCCAGCUCCCACCGUGGCUGAGCCCUCGCCGCCUGUGUCCGCGCCCGCACCCGCGGCCGCGGCCGCGCCCAUCAAGAUCCGCACGCGCAGGAACAAGGGUUCCCGUGCAGCCCGGGGCGCGACCCGUGAGGAUGGCUUGCAUGGAGAUGGUCCUCGCGAAGGAGCUACAGCUACCAUGCCUGACAGCAGCGGUGGAGGGGGUGGUGGCAGCGGGGCCUCUCAGACUGGGGCAGCUAACACCCGCGCUGCGCGCCACUGGCCGCCCUUCCAGGUGCUUAACUCCUGUCCCUGCAAGUGUUACUGCCGUCACCAGCCACGCCAUCGCCGCCUGCCACGCAACAUCUCUGCCUGGCUGAGUACAUCCACCAACCACCUAGGCGAGCCACCUUGGGUUGCCACCAUCAAGCUGGCCGGCUCUCUGGUGGCCGGGCUGGAGCACUACAACUUGCAGGCCACCCAUUCCAACUGAGUGUAGUCGGCUCAACACCCUCCACCUUCCCCUCCAUGCCAAUAAAAUAACCAAUCCAGAUGCCAGCAGCCUGUCAAUCACUCACCAAGGCAGUGGGUAGGGUGCAGCAGGGCAGGCUCGCCAUUAAAGCACAUCUUGGAAACAAUCGCGAGGCUGGACCAGAACAGCAGUAACUGUUCCAUUCACCCAGCACCCAGACUG